AUUUAUGCGCUCGUUUGGCUUUGUGACUUUCCACUUAUUACAAUCGUCUCUCGCGGGGAUAUUCGGAUGAUUUUUCAGGAUGGGAAAUAAUCAAAUUUCCUUCAUGAAAGUCACACCUUCACUGCAUCUCUAUUGAUCGUACACGUAUCACCUUUUACCUACUCCGUACCAAUUAAAGGUCUAUAUUUCGAUGCGUAGGCAUUUGAUAAUUGAUGGGUGUGAAAUGUUCUAACAGCAAUUUUCAAUCUGAAUUUAAACAUCAUUGUUCGGAGUGGAGCAAAUUUGACCACGACGACUUACAGGACACGUAGGUUUGACGGAAGAGAUCUUUGAAAACUCGAAGCAUUCUGGAUUCCUGAAUCCUAAUUUCGGAAGAAGAUAACCAGGAUAAUUAUGUUCAGUCAUGUCUAGUAGCGGCAAUGAAAGAAUGGAUUCACCUUGGAAUAGUCCUAUGUCGAACACUUCGUUCUUGUUUCAAUUCACUUGGGAGAACUGCCUGUUCAUCAGCCUUGCGUCCUUGAUGUCGCUUACCACGGUUCUCGGAAAUGUGAUCCUCAUCUUUCUCGUAUGCGUCGACGUAAAAUUACGCCGCAAUAGCAACUACUAUAUCAUCAGCCUUGCAUGCGCUGACUUUCUUGUCGGGAUAUUCGUAAUCCCAAUGUUUAGUGUCUACACAAUUCUAGGAAGAUGGCCACUGGGCCCCUUUGUCUGUGAACUCUGGAUCAUAGUUGACUUCACGUGCGUGUCAGCAUCUGUCUUCAGUAUCUGCAUGAUUUCGUUAAACCGUUACUGGGCUAUCACCCAGCCAGUGAAGUAUCUACAGAGACAGCGGAAGCAGAGGGCGCUGUUGUUUGUAGGCGCCAUUUGGGUAUUAGCGCUUCUGUGCUGGAUUCCUGCAGUGUUAGCACACAGAUUUAUCUUGGGUAGCUCCGCGAUUGACUCGGCCUGUCUGUACCUGCCAGGUUUCAUCUACGUUCUGCUUUCAAAUACCAUCAUUUACUCCAUCCCGAUGGGAUUUAUGGUAUACCUUUACGUCAAGAUGCUUCAUGCUUUGAAGCAGAAUCUGCUGAAUUUGCAGCGGUCACAGGCUACAGAGAUGGAACCUUCACAUCCUAACCCUACUAGGAAAUCAUUUGGCUGUUUCAGAAAAACAACCCUUUCUAAAUCCACCCUUGCAGAAAAGCCGCAUUUGACGAUCUCAACUAUCUCAUUUAAAGUUAAUUCUACAUCUACUCUAGAUAUCACCAAGAUGGCGGACCACCAUGGCACCGGAGACGAAAAAAAAGGUCAUCAAGUUACCAUUACAAACGCACAUGGGUCAUUGUCGUCUCACAGGUUCCAAGAGACGAAUCUCACAGAUUCCAACAGCAAAUCUAUCACGAACUCUAGCGAAGGUCCGAGAGCUACACGGGUAGACCUUCGCAAUCUUGAGAAGGUUCGUCUGCACCAGCGCAGAGCUCGAACCCUUGGUAUCAUUGUAGCGUCCUUUAUCGGGUGCUGGAUUUUAUUCGUAAUCCUCUUUCCACUCAACUCCUACUGUAACUGUAUUCCGCUAAGACUGUAUGACAUGUCCUAUUGGCUGGCCUAUCUGAACUCCACACUAAAUCCUUUCUUGUACGGAUUCAACAAAGACUUCAGAAAAGCUUUCAGAAGAUUGUUAUGUUCCUCAAGGUAAAUUAAGAGAACUUCAAUGGAGCCGUUGCUUUACUGGUAUGCCAUCGGGAAGAUAUUCUUAAAUUCCUGUACUGAACUUUUGUAUAACCAUUUGCCGAAGUAAGUUACUUCGAAAAGGCCACGAUUCACCUACAAUUAGAUUUACAGACAGAAAUGCCGAAGCUAAUAGUAAAACAAAUGGAAAUAAGGGCCAUUUCUCAUAGCUCAUUAGGUGGCUAUAUACUUUGUACUCUAUCAUUAUAACUUGAAUGAAUUGCUCCUCUGAGUGUAUAGGUAACAAAACAGAAAUUAGGGGACAAAGAAUGUGUCUCUCAUUUUUAUUAGAUAACUUCAAUGCCCUGUAGGGAAAGUACAGUCCAAUUAAAAAAUGUAUAAAAUGAGUUUAAGAAUGUAGCCAAUGAGAAGCCUCGAAUUGGAUCACGUUUGCGUGCAUUCGAUAGACAAGCUAACUUAGUCCUUGUUUUUGUUGUCACGAAUGUUGACUUCUUUGUUAGAGGGCGUC